AUGGAGGAGAACAGGUGGUUUUUGUCCGUCAUUCAGAAUGAGUUCAGGAGUGGAAAGAUUGAUUUUGAGAGCACAUUGAAGCUACUUGAAAAAUUGCAAAUGCCUUUUGAUUUUGCACAUGUAAAACAUAUUUUCAAGAAAACAGUUGAGAAACAGAAGGUACAUACAAUUACCAUAGAAGACUUCAGGGCAAUUUAUCGAACCCUUGUACACAGACCUGAAUUUCAGGAACUUUUCCGAGCUUAUGCUCCAAACAACAAAAUUCUAGCUAACCUUGAGCUGAUGGAGUUUCUCAGAAAAGAACAACAUGAAACUGAUGCUUGUGAAAUGAUUGCCUUAGAAAUUAUUUUGAAGUAUGAACCCGUUGAAGAAGUGAAGAAAAGAAGGCAGUUGUCAUUUGAAGGAUUUAUAAGGUACAUGAGUUCAGAAGACUGUUCGAUAUUAAAAAGAGCCCACAAGACUAUCUACCAAGAUAUGAACCACCCAUUAUGUGAUUAUUUUAUUUCAUCAUCUCACAACACCUACUUGAUAUCUGACCAGCUAAUAGGGCCCAGUCAUAUUGAUGGAUAUAUCAGUGCUCUAGUAAAAGGAUGUCGUUGCCUGGAAAUUGACUGCUGGGAUGGCUCAAACAAUGAACCUGUUGUAUAUCAUGGUCACACUUUAACAAGCAAAAUUACAUUUAAAUCUGUAAUUAAAGCAAUAGACGAGUAUGCAUUUUCGGCAUCUGACUAUCCAGUUGUUCUGUCUUUGGAAAACCACUGCAGCCCUAAGCAACAGGAAGUAAUGGCAGAGUCCUUAUGUGAAAUUCUUGGUGAAAAACUUCUUUCUUCAACAAUUAGUGAUGAAGUGGUUACUCAACUACCUUCUCCUGAGGCAUUAAAAUUCAAAAUUCUGAUAAAAAAUAAAAAAAUUGGAACACUUGAGGAAGGUAUGUUCAGAACAGAAGAUGAGAGUCGUGGUGAGACAGGGGAAAUUUCUGACUUUGAAGAUAUGUCUGAUGAAGAUGAGACUGAUGAUAAAGCCCCUCUGUAUACAAGCAGGGACUCCACAAAAAGGAAAAGUGAACUGAGAGGUUCUGCUCCACCUCGGAAAAAGGCAAAGGUGAAGAAGAUAAAAAUUGCUUUAAUGUUGUCGGACCUUGUGAUUUAUACCAAAUCUUCAAAGUUUGUGAGCUUCGAGCAUUCCCUAGCUAAUCAGAAGUGCUAUGAAAAUAAUUCAAUUGGAGAAGCUCGAGCAAGAAAAUUUGUAAAACAUGCAGCCCAAGAGUUUGUUUCACAUACUUUAAGAUUCAUUACAAGAAUCUACCCAAAAGGAACAAGAACAAGCUCUUCAAAUUAUAAUCCUCAAGAGUUCUGGAACGUGGGGUGUCAAAUGGUGGCAUUGAACUUCCAGACACCAGGAAUACCAAUGGAGCUGCAAAAUGGAAAAUUCUUAGACAAUGGUGGAUGUGGCUAUAUUCUGAAACCAGAAUUCUUGAGAAACAGGAAUUCAUUGUUCACCCCACACAAUGUGGGAACAUACGGUAAACAGCUGUCUCUGUCCAUAAGGCUCAUCAGUGCUCAUCAAUUACCACCUGCUAACCUGUCAAAGACCAGCAAAACUGACCCGUUAGUGCAGAUAGAAAUUUAUGGUGUGCCACAAGACCAAACAAAAAAAAAAUCCAGUGUUGUCAAAAGCAAUGCUUUGAGCCCCAGAUGGGAUGAAGUUUUCACUUUUUCUUUACAAGUUCCAGAACUGGCAUUGAUACGCUUCUGUGUGAAGGAUGAUAGUUGUCUGGUUGCAAAUGAAUUCAUUGGCCAAUACACUUUACCAGUGCUGAGCAUGAGUAAAGGUUAUCGAAAUGUUCCCCUCUUGGACAAAGAUGGUGGCAUUCUCGAGUGUGCAUCACUGUUUGUUCAUAUCUGGUACUACUAA